AUGUUUCAAGAAACAUCACUUAUUCUUCCUCUGAUUGGCACAUUAUGCCUAAAUCAGAAACUUAUCCCCACCAAAAUCAUAUCAUUUCAAGUGUGCAUAAUAAAUGGACGCAUCAAUAACAGUAAGGAGAAUUGUAACCAACUGGGUGGGAUCAACCAAACACUUCAUCCACUCAAUAAUAUAAAAGCCAUGAUGAGAGAGGAGUCGACCUUGAGAGGCAUUUCUACACGAAGUUGCUCAAAACUCAAGCGUCCGGGUUUUCCAUGCAAUCAACCAGUAAAAAGAAAAUACCGGUCAGAGCAGACUUGA